CACAGGCUUGGUGGUAAUCUGUUGUCUCAUUUACCUUCCAAAAACAGUGAACCUGAAGCUGAAUCAUGCUUGCAAGCAGGACUAUUCUGUCAAAGCAAACUUUGACUGUCCUCUCUCGCCAGCCUACCUGCUUUGUUCACCAGGGGGACUAUGGCAACUGGGGAAAUACCAAUAUUGCACUGGUCUUCUCAGGAUGUGGCUGGUGGGAUGGGACUGAUGUCCAUGAGGGAGUUUACACCAUGUACCACCUGAGCCGUAAUGGUGCUCGCUUCCAGAUGUUUGCUCCAAACCAACAGCAGAUGCAUGUGAUCGACCAUGUCAAAAAGCAGCCCAGCUCUGGAGAGAACCGGAACAUGAUGAUGGAGGCUGCUCGCUUCAGUCACGGCCAAGGAAUGAUGCAAAUGCAGGAUCUGUCCAAGCUGGACGUCAACAGCUUUGAUGCUGUAAUCUUCCCUGGAGGCCAUGGCAUCAUUAAGAACCUGUCCUCCUUCGUGAAGGAUGGAAAGGACUGCAAGCUACACGGUGAUGUGGAGAGGAUUCUUAAAGAAUUCCACCGUUCACGCAAGCCUAUUGGCCUGGCCAGCAUGGCUCCUGUGCUGGCCUGCCGCGUGCUGCCCAGCAUUGAGGUGACAAUGGGCUAUGAGCGGGAUGAGAACACCCGCUGGGGGAACUGGCCUCACACCAACAUGGUGCAGGCUGUGAAGAGCAUGGGUGCUCGCCACAACGUCCGUGAGCCAUAUGAAGCCUAUGUGGAUGAGAAGAACAAAGUGGUCAGCACCCCGAGCUUCAUGUGGGACACAGAGUAUCAUUACCACUAUAUAUUUGAUGGCAUUGGAAACAUGGUCAAACACGUCAUGCGUAUGUCUACCAAGUGAAUAGACAGUCUGUCUGAAGUCUGAAGAAGAAAAACAGGAAGUCGGUGUUUAAGUACAGCAUACACCGCUGUACUGGUACCGUUUACCUUCAUACAUGAAAAAUAAUAAAUGCUUUAGUAAGAGAGCAAAGUUCUUGUCAUGUUUUGAUGGUAUAAAUAUAGGCUAUGUAAAAAUUAUUUUCUUCAUCACCGAAAACACAUUGUAUACAGCAGACAUGGGCUACUGUAGAUGUAAAUUAAUCUCCUUUUUAUUUUGUUUUAAUCACUGAACCUCUAAAAUUCAAAAUCUGUUAUAAUCUGUGAUGUCAGCUAAAAUGGGACAUCUGGUAAAAUGGGCCAAAUAAGGUUUGAGUAUCAUAGAACAGUUUAUUGCCAAUUCCAAUAACUGAUCUUGAAUUGUUGCUUUUAAUUGGUCUGAGCUGGGCGGGGCAGAGAGUUACACAAGUGAAGGAGGAAAAUUGGAAAGAA